AUGGGAACAGAAAGCAGAACCAAAGUAACCACACCUGGAAAAUCAGCUACAACUGGAGUGUUGGCUACAACUUCUACAGGUGUGCAGGGUAGAAGUACUGCUUUCACAUCAGGUUCCACAGGAAACUCCCCUCAUUCAACCUUUGCACCAGGAAGUACCCCUGUUGUGCCAUCGAAUCAGCCUAAAGGAGAAGGAACUUCUGGUAGUGUCUCAGGCAAAACCCUGGAACCUGGACGUUACAUCACAGAUAAAUCACCACGUACCACCAUUGUGUUUCCUGAAGUCAGUAGCAGUUCAGAAGUUUCCAACACAGCCACAACGGGGGUGGUUCCUGGCACAACUGUUGCCCCUGGAAGUUCUAGAACAGAAGCCACAACUUCUCUAGGAGAAAGUGGAACAACAAGAGGAGGAACAGUCACAGAGGUCACAAGUUCCACAGGAACGGGUGGGACCAGCCAAACUGAAGUACCAGGAGGUACCUCUGUCACACCAGGGAACCCUGGGUCUGGAAGUGAAACAGAAGCCACAACUUCAACAGAAGGCAGCAGCACUUCUGGAAGUGGACCUAGAGCAGUCACCACUGGGGUAACUUCUGUUACAACUGUAGCCCCUAGCAGUUCCAACACAGAAGCUACAACUUCUGUAGGAGAAGGUGGAACACCAAGAGUGGGACUAAUCACAGAGUCUACAUCCACAGAAGGGACUAGAACUAGUGGAACUGAGUUCAAAACCGGUACCUCUCAAGUAGAAACUGGCUUCACGAUUUUACCUAGAAGUUCCAGCACAGCAGCCACAACUUCCCCUGGAGGAAGUGGAGUGACUGAAAUUGGAAGUACUGCAGGCACUGAUUUAGUACCCUCUGCUACAACAGUUGUUCAUGAGAGCUCCAACUCAGGUACCAGUGGUGUAGUCUCUGGUACAACUGUUGCACCUGGGAGUUCCAUUACAGAAACCACCCCUGGAGCAUCAGACAAACAACUCACUGAAAGUCAAAGAGGUACCACUGGUGUGGCCUUAAGCACAACUGUUGCAUCUGGAAAUUCCAGUACAGGGGCUACCACAGAAACAGUAGUAAACCAAGAAACUGGAAGCACAGUAGGUCCCACAAGGACAGCUUCUGGCACCACUCUUGCGCCAGGAAGUUCAACUACUGAAGUUACAACAUCCUUAGGAGUCAGUAGAACCACAGGAAGUGGAAGGAAUUCAGGUACUACUGGACUGGUCCCUGGCAGCAACACCUCACCUGGAAAUUCCAAUACAGAAGCCACCACUGGCAACUCUGAGACACCAAACUCUGAAAGCAAAACAGGCACCACUGGGGUCGUCUCUGGCACAACAGUUCCAUCUGAACAUUCCAACACAGAGACCACAACUUCAAGACAUGUCAAAACCACAGAAGCUGAAGUUAGCAUAGUUACCACUGGGAUAACUACUGGCACAACCAUUGCCUCUGGGAGUUCCAACACAUGGGCUACAACCUCUACAGAAGUCAUCGUUACUACUGGAGAAAGAUUGGCAACUGGUACCUCCAAGGCAGUAUCUGAAACAACCACUGCUCUCGGAACUACUACCACAGCAGUCACUGCUUCUACUGGAGUCAAAGAAACUUCUGGAACCACAGUGCAAGCAGGUGAAUGUUGGCAGUGUAACCUCUUCAUUGAUCAGGAUGGUUUUAAUUACAUUUUAGGAGUUGAGUGUGGGGACAGAGGAGCCAGGAAUAUGAAGUUAAACUUCCCAUUAGAACAUGACUUUGAAGUUCUACUUCAGUCACAGCUGGAGUCACAACACGCCCACAAGUAUCCCAGCCAGGAUGCCCAGGAACACUUCCACCAGCCCCAGGUAAGAAUGCCUCCAUUGCAGAAUCAUUCUGCAGUAAUGGCUCUUGUGAAUCACAUUUCAAAGCUAUUGCCAACAAAAGUCACUGACCAUGAAAAUGAGUCUAAACUUGGUUUGUACCUGCAGCCUGGAGACACAUGGACUUCUAAUUGCCACAAGUGUACCUGUACUGAUGCAAAGACUGUAGACUGUGAACCUCAGGAGUGCCCUUCUCCACCUGUAUGCAGAACUGGAGAGAAGCUUAUUGGUACUUCAUUCGAUGACCCUAGCAACCCAUGUGUCUCCUACUCCUGCAACAGCACUGGCUUCGUUGCAGUAGUCAAAGACUGCCCCAAGCAGAGCUGGUGUGCAGAAGAGGACAGAAUCUAUGAUUCAAAAAAAUGUUGCUAUACAUGUAAAAAUGCUUGUAGAACUUCUCCUGUGAAUGUGACUGUUAAGUACAAUGGUUGCAAGAAAAGAAUCCAGAUGGCAAAAUGCAUAGGGGAAUGCAAAAGGACUCUCAAGUACAAUUAUGAUCUCUUUCAGUUGGAAAAUUCAUGCCUCUGCUGCCGAGAAGAAAACUAUGAGUUCAGAGACAUAGCUCUCGACUGUUCUGAUGGCAGCACGCUAUCUUACAGAUACAGGCACAUCACAACCUGCUCUUGUUUAGACAUGUGUGAACCGGCCACGACUGCUCAGCCCACCACCUAA